AGGAGUUUCCAUUUUAUUGGGGGAGGCCACGUGUACACGUAGAAAUAGAUACUGGGGUGUGUGUGUAGGGUCACCUGUGACUUCAGGGGGCUUUCAAGGAAAAUUCGGGGAGGAGUGGGAGCCCUCCGGCGCAGAGUGUCUAAUGCAUAGUAGGUGGUUACCAAUGCGCGUUAAAUGACAGGCCCGAUGAAAGCGUGGGGUUGGAGGGACCUAGCCUGGUGGCGCGGGCUGCGAAGCGCUUGGAGUGACCGCUGGGGUUUGACUUCAGGCACUGGCGGCCGGGGGUCCCAGCAAGGGGGCCGCUUGGACGCGCCGAGCCCCAGGGGCUAAGUGGCCAGGCCAGAGCCUGGCAGUCGGGUGCAGCGCGGGCCGGAGGCUGCAGCUCCCUACCGCACCCACGCCGGCCGUGCGGCCGGCUUUGUCCCUGCUCUGCCCGCCAAGGGGCGCUGCGUGAGUCGCCGCCCAGGGUGCCCCAGCCAUGGCGCAGGCCCGUGUGCUCCUGCUCCUCUCGGGGCUCUGGGAGCCCGUGGGCUUCGCGCGGAGCGUGUGCGGCCUCCUGGGCCUGGGGCCCGGCCCGGGGCCCUGGCGGGUCUACUGCGGCUUGGAGCGGGGGCGGCUGCUGCUCUCGGACCGCUCCUUUUCGGGCGCCACGGCGCAGCUCCCGCUGCAGCGCUCCCGGUUCUGCCCCUUCUGGGCCCUGGAGCAGCGGCCCCCGGGAGCUGCGGGGCCGAAGCAGCCACCGGACCGCGGAGUGGACUUGGGGGUGGCUGUCAUCCUGCAGUCCCGUGACCAGACCGUGCUCCUGACCCGGAGGGCCUCGAGCAUGCACACGGCCCCCAAUCUCUGGGUCCCUCCAGGUGGACACGUGGAACUGGAUGAGGAGCUGCUGGAUGGAGGGCUUCGGGAGCUGUGGGAGGAGACAGGUCUGCAGCUGCCCCAAGGCCAGUACUCCUGGUUCCCUCUGGGACUAUGGGAGUCUGCGUAUCCACCCAUGCUGAACCAAGGCCACCCCAGAUACCACCAUAUCAUUCUCUACAUACUGGUGACUUCCCAGGAAACAGAGCAGCAGCUACAGGAACGGAUCCAACCAAACCGGGAAGAGGUCAGUGCCUAUGCCUGGCUGAAGCCCAAUGUAUUGGCAGCCGUGGCAGCCUCUGAAGAUGGACCAGACAUGACUGAACCUCUCCUUCAAUACCUGCCACCCUUUGUUCAGGUCAUGGAGCUUCAGGGAGAUGUGGCCCAAAGCCUGGACCUGCCUGUGUCCACCCUGCUCCGGACAUCUCUGAACACAAGGGAGAGUGAAGAGAGGGUCAGUAUGGGAACUAAAUUUGCUCUUGGUCUAUGGCUACAGAAUCUGAAGAGGAAAGAAUUAUCUACCUCUGGACGAGGAAUGAAAGUGUCCUGAAAACAAGAUCUGGAUGAUGGGCAAGCAACCGUCUGAGAUGUGCCAAUCGGAUAAUACAUUGAGGAACAUAUUUAAUAACACUUUUUUGAAUGAAUAUAUUUUAAUGUGUCAGAAAAUGCCACUCUCCAUAGCAAAUGGGCAUUUAUUUUGUGAUUAAUCAAGCUGCAUAUGUCUCACAGCAAACAAGAAAAGCCCCUGUGGGACAGUAAACACAGGACAUGGAAUUUUCAAACCUUCCCUGGGAUUGCCUUUCUACCCCGUUGGUCUCAGGAAGCCAGUGGGGAUAUGGACCACUGUUUCCCAGAGUGCGGGGUGAAGGGGAAGGAGAAGGGUGUCUUCUGGGACU